UGCUCGUGAGGUUUAAGGUCAUGCACGGUUGAAUAGUUAUGGCAAUUCGAAAUCCGUGAUAUUGCUCUGCGGUACAAAUUAAAAGGAGAAAAUGGAACAAAUCACAAAAUACAUCAUCAUUAUCACUUCUUUAAUGACAGUCAAGUUAACAGUCACUGAAAGUAAGAAUGACACUAAACCAAAAAUCGAGAGACGAUAUUACCAACCCAUUUUCAUCAAUGUAUGCGACAUAGAAGAUCGAAGGUCAAAAGUGCAUUGCUACUGCGACAAUAAUAAACCAAAAAUGGCUUCGAGAGCUGAUUGCUGGAUCUUUAGUGGAGGAAUAACAGAAAACGAUCCCAUCUGGCCCAAUUUUUCAUCCCAAUCUGAAAUAGAACAUCUAAUGUUUAACGUUCGAUCAGAUGACGCGCUAACAUUUAUACCAGCAAAAGCAAUAGUUAGAUUGGAUAAACUCAAACAUUUAACAAUACAAUUUGGGACUAUACAACGUAUUCCUCCUUACGCUUUCACAAAUUCAUCGACCAUAAGACAAAUAGUAUUAAAGGCAAACAAGAUUACGAAUUUGGAAAGGCAUGCAUUUUCCCAAAUGAUGAUGCUAUCGAAUUUGAGUCUAGAUGAUAAUCAAAUAUCAGAAAUCAGAAGAGACGUUUUCUUUGGACUGCCGAAUCUACAUAUCUUGCAUCUCUCAAACAACAAUUUAACUUUGAUACACGAAGGCUGCUUUAAGCACUUGAACAAUUUGAUAGAAUUGAAAUUAGAUUUCAACUACAUAUCAGUAGUUACAAGAGAAAUGCUGGAGGGUCUCGAGAAUCUGUCGAGAUUGAAUUUGAGAAACAACAAAUUGACUAUGAUCGGCAACUUGGCUUUUAGCGACUUGUGGGGUCUUAAGGAGUUGAUGCUUGAUCAUAAUGCUAUAGAAUAUGUAUCGGAGAGAGCUUUCGGGGGGUUGACUCAAUUGAGAAAAUUGACGCUAGCCGGAAACAAGUUGAAGACAUUUUACGAAGAUAUUCUCGAGGAUGUGAGGAGUCUGAUUGUGUUGGAUUUGAGGGACAAUCUUGUGGAAACAAUAUCGUACGAUACAAUUCGGCCGGUGGUGGAGAACGACAAAGCGCUGUCGUCGGUGGUUUAUCUGGAUGGUAACCCACUUCACUGCGAUUGCCGUUUAUCCUGGGUAUACUUACUCAGAAACGAAACCCGGGACAACAUUCUCCGCCAUGCACUAGAAAAAGUAUCGUGUGUCGACGACCCUCCAGAGAGGAGGGUCGAGCAAGACGACGAGGAAGGCAACGAUAACAUACUCUCCGAUGACAACUACGACUACUACGACAAAAGUGAUGACGUAAGUGAUUACAACGAUAAAAAUAAAAAAAGCAAAGCUAAGAAACUUACCGAUGUACCUCUGGAAUCUCUACCGUGUCCCAAAGAACUCAUGCAAACUGUAGAGGAGAACUACGGCCAACCAGUCCAGAACGAAAUUCGACUAAAAGCAUUCUCCAAACCCGAGCAGGAAAUCAUACAGGAACAUAGAGAACAGGAACCUUUCAUACCUCCUGAUUUGGGAUUGAAGUCGGAAUCCAAACACUAA